UGGAAAUCAAUGCAAGCAAACCCGAAAACUGCACUGACGAGGACGUGCCCACAUUUCAGAUUGUCGAGAGAUCGCGCACUGCAUCCCUGAGGGAAAAUAGGAUCACAACCUGAUUAAUACACCUUUGACGGCGGGAUACUCAAAACACUCGACGCAGCGACAGCCAAGUCGAUUUUGCUGGCCACAAGAGACAAAGGCGACCACCAUUAACAAAAAAACCCUGACCAAAAAUUGGAUCUGACUAGCCGCACGACCAGUAGACGACUCGUGGCCAAGCUAAGCUCACCUGCAGCUCCAGCAAAUCGCAGCGCACAGCUCUGCCUGCGUGAGAACCUGCUGAACUGCUGGCACGUCAUCGGACCGCCUACACCCGCGCAAGACAACAUCUAGUUGCUCUGCAUCAUCAUCACAAAAGUCAAAAGCUUCACUUUCCUGGCGACCACACGAUAAUACCAUCUUGCAACCGAACCCCAUCGCGAUCAUGACGAAGCCGCGCAGAGGGGUAAGUUUCCCCCAUCGUAAAAAUGGCCAUUCCGACGGCCGCCGGUCCAGCUUUUCCGAGGCGAGCGAAGACGGGUCGCCGACAAAGACGCGAUCGACCAGCACUCUCAACAACAUACAAGAGGCACCCCCAACACCCCAAGCCCAGGCAGUAGCAGAUUACGAAAAGAAGAAGGCCAACUUUAUUACGCGGACACUAUGGACGUUUGUCAUGAUCGCCAUCUUCUUCGGCGCUCUGUUUAUGGGUCACAUCUAUAUCAUCCUGAUCAUUACCGCCAUCCAGAUCAUCUCCUUCAAAGAGGUUAUCGCCAUUGCCAAUGUUCCCAGCAAGGCCCGAUCCCUGAGCUCGGCCAAAAGCCUCAACUGGUACUGGCUCGCAUCGACCAUGUACUUUCUAUACGGCGAGAGCGUCAUCUACUACUUUAAGCACAUUGUACUCGUUGACAAAGUCUUGCUGCCGCUUGCCACCCACCACCGCUUCAUCAGCUUCAUCCUAUACGUCUUUGGCUUCGUCUUCUUCGUCAUGUCCUUGCAGGCUGGGCAUUACAAGUUUCAGUUCACCAACUUUGCCUGGACUCACAUGGCACUGUACCUGAUUGUUGUGCAAGCACAUUUCGUCAUGAACAACAUCUUUGAGGGCAUGAUUUGGUUCUUCCUCCCUGCUGCGCUGGUGAUUACCAACGACAUCUGGGCCUACAUUUGUGGUAUUACCUUUGGUCGCACCCAGCUCAUCAAGCUGUCACCCAAAAAGACGGUUGAGGGUUUUGUUGGCGCUUGGGUCAUGACUGUGCUAUUUGGUAUACUUCUCACCCACUUCCUAACGCGCAGCAAGUACUUUAUCUGCCCUGUCAAUGAUCUUGGAGCAAACAUCUUCACCGGCCUUUCCUGUGACCCGAACCCGGCCUUCAUACCGACGACCUGGACAAUGCCCGACUUCGUCUUCUUGCCUCGCGAUUUUGGCAAGCUCAGCAUUACUAUGGCUCCCGUUCAGCUGCAUACCCUGGUCCUAUCCACAUUUGCUUCGCUCAUCGCGCCUUUCGGUGGUUUCUUCGCCUCGGGUCUGAAGCGCACCUUCAAGAUCAAGGAUUUUGGCGACUCUAUCCCUGGCCACGGCGGUAUGACUGACCGCAUGGAUUGCCAAUUUACUAUGGGCUUCUUCGUAUAUGUCUACUACCACACCUUUAUUGCCACACACAAGAUGGGCCUAGGGGGAAUAAUGGAGGAUGCUAUCACGGGCUUGACUCCCGACGAACAAAUUGAGCUCAUCCGGGGCAUGGGUAGAUACCUUGCCAACCAGGGCAUCGUUGGUGCCGAUGUUCUGUCAUGUUUGGACUCGGCCUUGCCGAUGAGGAGGUAGUCGGCGCCUUGCUCAGCAACUCCUUUAGACCUGCCGUUAUGUUUCCUUUGUAUUGGAGUGGGGAUGAAAAUCUAAUGCUUGCUUCAUAUCGUUUCUGUCAGCAUCAUGUACUCAUGGAAAUAGGGCAGCUUGUACACGGCAAUGACCAAACCUUUUUCUCAGAUCUUGGAGAAAAAACAUAGAUGAACUACUUUUCCC